AUCUGUGUUUCCAAUUCUACAUUGAUUUCCUUGAAUUGAUACGAGAGGGGAGUGAAGAUGUACAUGGAAGUGGAUGGCUAUGUGCUAUUGAUGGUGCUACAUAUAACAGGCGCAACCAAUCAUGCAUCACAGUGUAAUACAACGACACACUGCCCAGCUCAGUGCCACUGUGAUACAUUAACACACACUGGCUUUAAUGACACAAUACUCCAGGUAAACUGCACUAAUACCAGCCUCACAGAGAUGCCACAUUCUGUGCCCUGCCAGGAUUCAGAUAUUAAAUAUCACAUCUUGCUCAAUAACAAUAGAAUUCAUACAUUGGUCUAUCACACAUAUCUGCAUAAUACAAUGUACCUUAACAUGGGUGAUAAUACACUGAGUAACGUAACACAGGAGGCUGUGGCUGCCAUGGUUGAUAUACAACAGUUACAUAUACAGAAUAACAGGCUCGCAAGCUUGCCUAAAGUAAUAAGAAACUUGACAAAUUUAGAAGAACUCAGCCUGCAUGCGAAUCCAUGGGACUGUAAUUGCGACAAAAUGUGGUUCAUUGAAUGGACUAGAGAAAUUCAGAACAUAUUGACCAACAAAUCUCAAAUCAAAUGCUCAAUUUCAAAGAUCGAACUAUUGAAAAUUACUCCUGCACAAAUGCAAUGCAAAGACAAAAAAGAACACCGUCAUCUAUUGGCUCCUUAUGUUAUUGCGAUAAUCAUAAUAGUUCUUCUGUAUUUAAUCAUAUCCAGCAUAAUAGCAAUAUUUGUAACAAUAAGGAGACGACAAAAAACAGAGAUUAUUAAUCAUGGUGAGGGUAAAAGUAAAACAUCCGUGUUUACACUUUAGACCAUGCACACAGUAUAUUGACACUAGUAUUAUUAUACUAACAUCAUACUGACACUAUGUUGGUAAUAAAAAUAUAGAAUGAAAUUCUGCGCUAAUAAAAAUCAGUUCAACCCAGUGGGGAUCGGACACACAACCCAUCAUUUUCCCGAAUGAGAAAAAUGACACUAGGCUCAUCAUAGUGACAUAAUAUCGACACAAUGUGUAUCAUAGUGACAUCAUAUCAACACUGGGUGUAUCAUAAUGACAUCAUAUCAACACAAAGUGUAUCAUAGUGACAUCAUAUUGACACAAGGUGUAUCAUAGUGACAUCAUAUUGACA